AUGGAUUGGCACCGACUUAGUGAUAAACUUUCUCCGUUAAAAAUGAUGGCUACCACAAAAAAGGUCGACUAUGUGUCCACGACGCCAACAACAACCACAACUUCGUCUUCUACCAGUCAGCCCGACAGUCUGGAUUUAGAUUACGAUAUGUGGCAAGGCCAAUUCGAAUUUGUUGGUCCCACAGUCCCGGGAAAUGCUGCAAAUAAUGGUAUUAUCGGCAACACGCCGCUUGAAAAGCAAUCACGAACGUCUUCAUCUAGUCUAGAAGAUUUACGCUUAAACGAGUAUAUCCCUCCGGAUCACCCUGUGUUGAUUGACGAGGAAACGUUCCUCAGCUUGCAUCCAAAUGAUUUUCCUUCGUCCGAGCCUCAAUCAGGUUUUUUUCUGGACGACUACAGCAACGUAAACCAAAUUGGAAAUACUCUUGACAUGCAUCAACUGAACAAUAAUAGCAUUACAGCUAACAGUAGUGUGACUGUUGGAAUACAAAACAUUAAGAUGCUCAACAACAAAACAAAUAACCUCAUCAGCUCAGUCACCCUCGAGGAAAAAAAUGCCAAAAAUAAUUUGAUUAACAACAAUCUUAAGCUGAUCAACGACAAUCCAGAACUCAGCAAUAAGUAUAUAUUGAAAUCGAGCAAUAGUAGCAGUAGAAUGAGCGACCUAAUCAAAACUGACUUAUGUGAUAAUUUAAACGAACAACUUGAAAUACUACAACGGCAGGUCAGCAAUCUGGCGGAUACACAAAACAAUGUAGACGAUCGUACGAGUAGAACUAAAACGGAAUAUGCAGUACUUCAGGCUCGAUAUCACAUGCUUGAAGAACAGUUAAGAGAGACUGAGCUACGUGCGGAAGAACGGUUAACGGAAGAACAAAAACGCCAUCGAGAACUGUUGGCUCGUGUCGAGCGGGAAGCAAAGCUACAAAAUGAAAACUGUCAGAUCCGGAUACGAACGAUCGAAAUGGAAGUGACCAGUUUACGUGAGGAAAUUCAGCGGUUGCGUUUGCAAAGCGAUAAACAGGCGGCCGAUUUGCAUGCGACUGAGGAGAAACUGGAGAGAGCUCGUGACUCGCUGAUGAUCUCUCAACAAGAUCUUGCCGAGGCAAGAGCAGAAGAAAAGAAGCAUAAAGCCGAUAAGCAAGCAGCCGAGGAUUUGAUGGUAGAACUAGGUAAAGAAUGCGAACGACUUCGUUCGGAGCGUGGUCCUGCUUUACCGACAACAUCGCCGGAGUUACUCCGGCUAGACGAACUGCAUCAAGAAAUGGACGAACUUCGCCAGAAAAAUAAAUCACUUGAAGAAUCGAACGAAGAACUACAAGCUAUGAUGCUGACCCGUAGUAUCGAAGAAGGACGCAAUCUACUUGGUGCCUCAAACAGUUUGGCUCAAGAGCUGGAAGCUAUGAGUCAGAAUCAGGAUACCGUUGAUUCGACCACUUUAGCGUCGUUAACACAGUUACAGGAAGCGUUCCAGGAAAAAGAAGAGGAAAAUCGACGACUGAAACACUACAUUGAUACGAUGUUAUUGAAUGUGGUGGAAAACUAUCCGCAACUGUUAGAAGUGAAAGCAGCAUAAUGCUGAUGAUGUCGUUUGGCCGUUUUAUAAGGUCUUCGAGUUCUGGAUUGUUUGGUGGUCUAUAUUAAGUAUGUCAUACUUAAAGCCGGUAGUAAACUACAAAUUUAUGGCAUUGAUAGACAAUGAUAACGUCGAAAAGCAGUAACCUAAGCAAUAUACAUGUGUUUUAUAUAACUGACUACUGUAGACAAUGGAACAAAGUUGUUCAGUGAGUAGAAGACCUCACUAUUUCAAAUUACUCCCUAUUUAUGAUUGCAUUAGUUCAUUACGAUUCUGUACUGCUACUACUACUACUACACAACAAUGAAGCAAACAGUAAAGAUCAGUAAGUGCGUACUCUCUACAGAAUAUCGUACGUCAUUAUUUGUUUUAGUAUUACCUACGAUUUAAAGAAACGUGAUAACUCAACAGUAGCCUUCAAUAGAAUAAAAUAUAAUUUGAAUUCAUUUUACGUAAAAUACGUGUGCGGUGUUUACACGAGUCUUUAAAGGAGAGUACUCUAAAAAGAAAAUGAAUGACAAAUGAAUGAUGGCCAAGAAAAUUUUGAAUAAAAUAUCUAUUUUGCAAUCAAAAUGCAUUGUGUAACUUAACAAUGCCUAACUCCGCUUUUAAACUCUUCAUUUAUUUAAGUAUAAUGUUUACAAACCUUUGGAAUGCUACGUUAAUGAUUCAGGUUUCGUUAAAAUUUGUUCACUCUUAAUUCGUGAGCAAAGUUAACAGGAGGACACAUGUGGUGACGCGAUUUUGAUAGUUCUUGAUAAUGUUUUAUGAAACAAAAAAAAAUUACGUAACUAUGCAAUUUGCAUUUCAACGAAAAAGUAGUAGGUUACAUUUGGAGGCACUAUUUACAAAUUAGCAGAAUACGAAAUUUUCAUGAGUAAUUUAAUGUUACUGAAGUUAUACCAUAUUACCUUUUUGAACAACCGAAGUUUGAUAGAGUGACGUAAAACAAUUUGAAGCGUGUCUUUACAGGCAAAAUGAGAUCACUUUGAGUUAAGAAUCAUUGCAAAUGAUAGGAUGUCUUAUGUCGUCGAUAAUAGACUAGCAAAAGACAGUUGAAGUGCCUGUUAGGUCGGUUUGCUUUUUUUAAGUCAAGUUGUAUUUAUGAAACGUUACGGAGUGAGCAGAGACGCACUCUUUUAACAGCAUGGAUGCCAAAAUAGCGUUCUACCCCAUCUGUAUUACUACUUAAAACCAAUUUGCCGAAAUAAAACUACAUAUAGCAUAA